AUGGGUGAUCUUGUUCAUGAUGCUUUACGUGCCACGGGCUUCAGUGAAGAGGUUGAAGCAUUGAUUGCAGAUAUCAUUGUUCAACGCUUAGAUCAAGAUCCAUCAUGGAUCGUUGUCAGUCAACAAACUGAUAAUAAAAAGUUUGGGAAUAAAGAACUAAAUUUGGCAAGAGUACGAAUUAUAGCUGAACAGUUGUGGAGACGUGUAGAACGAAUUUAUGAUAACAAGUUUCAAGUGUGGAAACAAAAUGAAGAAAAGUCAAUAAAUGAUAUGGUUACAAAACUGCGACACGUAUAUAAAAAAAAUCUUCUGCUGAAGCAACGACAAUUUGAAGAACUGAUAGAACGCAAAGAUCAAGAAUACAAAGACAAAGAAAAUUUGUUACGGGAAGAUGUUCGUCUUAUAUAUGAGAAAAAAAAAUUGGAGUUGGAAAAAGCUUGGCGAUUUAUUGAGACAGCGCAAAAAGAAUUACAAAUCAGGAAAGAAUUGUUAGAAAACGCUCAAGCUUGUUUCAAUACAAGAAAAGAAAAUGAAUUAUAUCACAUUGAGCACGAGAAACGCUCGCUAAAACAGGUCAAAAGAACACUGGAUAUGCAAGAAAAAAACUUCAAUCAACGCGUUCAAGAAGCCAUUCAAAAAGCACGAGAAAAGGAUAAUGCUCAAAUGAAAGGAAUGAUUUCCGAGUGGAAUGAGAAGGAAGCAAUAUUAUCCAAAAAAUAUGCAAUAGUUUGGAAUAAAAUAUGUGAAAUUUCUACCGAACAACAAGUUUCCGCACAGGAAUUUACACGUUUAAAGAAAAUAGAGGAAGAAAUGCUCAUAUAUUAUAAGAAGCUUGCGGAAACGGAACGUGCAUUGAGCGAAGCUACAGAAACUCAGCAUAGAAUCAGUGGUGACUUGGAUUGCAUCAGGAACGAAAAAACAAUGUUAUACCAAGAAAUGGAGCGAAUGCAAAUGGUUAGCUUAGAGCUCCAAAAACAAAGACAAGAAGAUUUCAGUCCUUCCCGUGUCCCACCUGCAGUUGCGAGAAAUACUGCGCUCGAUUUGAUCUCCAUUUCGUCAUCUACACCUACCGAGACAUCAUUCGACCGGGAUGUUCUUAAAAAAAUGAAAAUACUGAAUAUAGCCAAGCAGGAGCUUGAUUCUUCAUUGGAGAAUAUACGCUUAAGAGGCCAUUUGCGACCGGUAGAAUACAUGAAAUGUAAAAAGAUAUCAUGUGACCAUAUAAAUGACAUGGAGAACCGAGGAAGUUUGACACAUAUUAUCGAGAACGAACACCUAAUUACUGCGAGCGGUAUUGCUCAAGAUGUGAAAAUUGAAGACAGAAUUAGUCUCAAAGAUUUGGUAGGCAGUAGAUCCACACUUCGGAAGAAUGAUGGAGAAUACACAUCAAAUCCAGCUGUGCACAGUGUUGAAAAGACGGAAGGAAAAAACGUGACUUGCUGUGUGGAGAAAGACAGUAAAAUUGAUCUGCAUAUGCUUCAAUAUAUGAAAAUGGUCCAAGAUGAGACGAAAGAAACCAUUGUACUGACACCAGAAGCUGGAUAUGGUGAAUCAGAUGAAGUUUCUUUUGCUGUUGAAACAAGUCAAAAAUUGGGAGCAUCCACUGAUUUCAGCUGGUAG